UGUAUAUAUAAACACCCAAACACCUCUUCUCAUUAUUCCCACAUACACAACAUCAACUCAUCUUCUCCAACAACAACAAUCAUCAAACACACAUAGAAACAAAGAAUAAUCAAAAGAGAGAGAUGACAAAAGUUCACCCUAAAUUCCCAAACACAUGCGACGUGAGCUUGUGUGAUAGUAAAGCAGCCGCUGUUUUAACGGUGUGGAAGAAGUCCCUUCUCUUCAACUGCGACGGAUUCACAGUUUACAACGCCAAUGGAGAGCUUGUCUUUAGAGUCGACAACUACAUGAAUUGUCCUAGAGACAACAUCGUCCUUAUGGACGCUUCCGGUCUACCCCUUCUCUCCGUCCGCCGCAAGAAGUUGAGUCUUGGAGAUUGCUGGAUGGUAUACGAUGGAGAAACAGAGAGAGACCCGAUAUUGACGGCAAGAAAGAACGUUAACAUAAUAACAAACCGGAGGACCUUGGCGUGGGUUAGCUCAAAGAGGACGGUAUUGUACGAGAUAGAAGGAUCAUACAGUCAAAGAAGCUGCAAAAUAUUGGACGAGAGGAGGAACAAGAAGAAAACAGCGGAGAUCAAGAGGAAAGAGACGGUGAUCGGAGGAGUUGCCUUUGGCAAAGAUGUGUUUAAACUUAUAGUUGAAUCGGAGAUGGAGCCUCGUGUGGCCAUGGCAUUGACCAUCAUCCUUGACCAAAUGUUUAGAUCUUCUUGAAUUUUCCUCUUUUUUUUUUACGGUUUAAAAUUUACGUGUAUAUUAGUUACUUUUUGUUAUGUAAUUUAUGCAUUGUGUUCCUUCCUAAAUGUACACAUGAUCAGAGACAACCUUUAGUGCAAAA